UUUGUUCAUUCCUUAGUGAUUGUCAUUUUUUAGCCUUUUGGAGGUUUAUUUCCAGGCUAAAUUGCCCAUGUCUCUAUUUGUUAAUUGAAAUGUUGAUAUUUGAAUAAGUGUUUGUGUCAGUACACUAAAAAAAGGAAGAUGUGGUUAUAAAUUGAAUGUGUGUCAAGAGAUUUUAAUGACCACUUACUGAUGAUAACCACAUACCUAUUCAUUCUCAACUCUGUUUUGGAAGGAAUUAAUUAUUUUCAUCAGAGAGUUAGUGUGUCAAAAUUCAUAUAAGAAAAUAAGACCUCAAGGAAUGGUUUCUUCUUUGUUCACGAAGCCUAAGGUCAGAUUUUCACAUAGCUGCCAAUUGACAGAUGACUUUAUUUGGAGAAUAGUAAGGAGAUACCCAUUGGUAGUCUUUUACCUGUCAUAGACCAAUUGGCGAAGCCACGUGGCAAAUACCAAAUAAUUAUUAUUGUCUGUCAGUCAUUAAGGUAACCAAAAAGAAUCAACAAUUUGGCCACUUUGGCUUCUGGGGUAAGUCAGAAAUUUAGUCCCCUAGAUUAGCAAAUGUACAGUCAAUAAUUAUAUAUGUAUGUAUACAUACAGAGAGAAUAAUUAGAAUCCAUGGAAGAGAGAAGUUAAAUACUCUCCAGACUUCCUCAUUCCAGUAGGGGAAACAUAGUUCUUAGAAACAAAUAUCAAAUCAAUAAAAUAUUCUCCUUUUUUAUGGCUCAGUGAAAAUGAUUUUGUUAUGAUGAGGGAAAUGCAGUUGCUACACUUUAUGAAAGCCAAUAAGAUGCUCUUUUUUUCUGAAGUAAAUGUAAUUCUGCUGACCCAAGUUAGUCAUGUCUUCAUCUUACAUUUCUUCAACCAGGGAUAUGUAAAUUUUGAUGGCAUUUGACAAUCUAACUAUACAGUUAUAGCUCAAAAUCAUUCCAGGGAUGGGGAUCGAGUAAAUAUUAACAAGCCUUUGCUUAGCUUAGUAACUUGAAAAUGUGCAUAACAUUAGUGAGGAAGCUUUUGUCAAUCACAUUCUAGACCAAAUUGGUCUUAAAGUCCAAGGAAGAAUCAAAGUUCACUUCAGUGCAGGAGUUUCAGUCUAGCUCUUCUACUUACUGUGUGCAAGUUUAAGGCAAAGAGAAUGGUGAAGGAGAAAGAAAAAGCCAUUGCUAUUGUGAAGGUUAUAGACUCUCCAAAGUUCAGACUGUUAUCUGGAAGCAUCUUAGAUGUGUACAAUGGUGACCAGGGGAUUUCUCCAGUUAAUAUGGGACUUACCAAUGCCUCCUGUCCAAGAAGUCAACCUGUGAAAAGGGAAACUCCAGAAACAGAUACUCGGGCUCUGGCAAAAGAGAGGCAAAAAAAGGACAAUCAUAAUCUCAUUGAAAGAAGAAGAAGGUACAAUAUUAAUUACCGAAUCAAGGAGCUUGGCACUCUUAUUCCAAAGUCUAAUGAUCCUGAUAUGCGCUGGAACAAAGGAACUAUUUUAAAAGCAUCAGUGGAGUACAUCAAGUGGUUACAAAAAGAACAACAGAGAGCCCGAGAAUUAGAACACAGGCAGAAGAAAUUAGAGCUGGUUAACCGACAGCUUCUCCUUCGAAUUCAGGAACUGGAAAUACAGGCUCGGGCACAUGGUCUGCCAGUCUUAUCUUCACACAGUGCAAUUGAUUUGGCUGCCCAUACCACCAAUCAUCAAACCUAUGUGGAGGAUAAUUCAGUAGAUUAUUCCCAAGAACUGACUCUGGCUCCGAGAUCAAGAAUUGACCUCUGCGAUGGAUCCACAGCUUUUUCUUACCCCCUGUCACACUUUACUGAUUUAUCAUUUAGUGCUGCCUUGAAAGAGGAACAAAGAUUGGAUGAUAUAUUACUGGAUGAUUCAAUAUCUCCAUUUGGAACAGAUCCUCUGCUCUCUGCCACUUCACCUACAGUAUCCAAAGAGAGCAGUAGGAGAAGUAGUUUUAGCUCAGAUGAUGGAGAUGAGCUAUAAAAAAAGAAAGGAAAAAAAACUGAACAGACCUGAUCUUCAUAUUGGGAAGAAAUUCUAUGCUGGUGCUAUGUGAUUAUGCUCUGAGUCUGGUAUAUUGCUGAGGCUUAAUUUUUAUAACAGAGUAAGUUGUUCAUGGCAAGCUGGGUUUUGAGGAGUUUUGAAGCAAAGGAGACUGCUCGAGAAUGCAAAAAUUAAGUUGGAGAAAUAUUUUUUGGCUAAAGUUAUCUAAUUUGCAUGGAUACUUCUUUUUUUUUUCUGCAGUUUUUAACCCAUAUUGAAAUGGUUCCCAGGAAAGGAUGUGUGAAAAUUAUAUCUAAGAAAUAAACAUAGGAAAUAGACUUCUACUUUAGAGUUAGCAACACACUGAAGUUUGAAAGUAGAAACUGAGCUAAGUGCUUAUGGACAGAAUCAAUUAUAGUCAACAAAACCUAGAAACUUCUCCUUAUUUAUUUCUAUCUUGCCCCUUGCCCAACUUAAAAAAUAAAAUCAGUUUAUUAGCAGCAAGAUUGACAGAUUUAUGGUUCAUUGGCUCCCCCUUGCCCUCUGGUGGACAUGCUAAUGAGAGCCCAUAGCCAAAUGGAGGCGUGUUACAAAACGGAACAUCUGCCCCUGGAUAAUUAGAAUUAAAUCUACAGUAAACACUGGACAUUUUCCAAAGCAGAGUGCUGAAAAUUCCCAAGCACUUUAACAAAUUGUUCUUCAUUCAGCCCCAAAGCCCCACAGUCUAGUUGACAUUAGAUGCAUUCAGUCUAGAACAAAGAACUUGAUACAUAAUUUUCCCAUUCCACUACUCAUGAUAACCAUAUUUUAAAAGGCGUCCUUACAUCACAUCAUCUCAAAAGUGAUUGUCUUGAAAAGAAUAUUGGUGCUAUUUGUUUUCUUUUUCUUUACUCUUUCUGACUUUUUGGUCAACAUCAGAAAUCAUAUUUUUCUUUAUUGGGAAAGAAAAGUGGUUGAUUAUAGGAUAUAUCAUUAAAUUAUGAUGUGUUUAUUUUGAUGAGCAUCAAAUUAUGUUUUCAAGUUGUUCUUUAGUAGGCCAAUCUUUUAAAAUUUAUGAUUGUGACUAACAUUAAGUAUUAAUUAAGUAGUUAUUGAUGGAGAUGAUGAUGAUAUUAUUGGGUGAACUAAAAGAUGUUGAAACUUCAAUUUAUUUCUGUCCAUUCCCAGAGAAAGGUAUUGCAUUUAAAAGAACUUGGAGGAUAUUUGAAGUUUGGGUUACUGUGUUAUUUAUUUCAUACAAGUUUAUAUCUCCUGAGUGGCUCUUAGAUUUUUUUUUAAAUCCUCACCUUCCGUCUUGGAAUCAAUACUGUGUAUUGGUUCCAAGGCAGAAGAGCAGUAAGGGCUAGACAAUGGGGGUUAAGUGACUUGGCCUGGGUCACAUAGCUGGGAAGUGUCUGAGGUCAGAUUUGAACCCAGGACCUCCCAUCUCUAGGCCUGGCUCUCAAUCCACUGAGCCACCCAGCUGCCCCCUUGGCUCUUAGAUUUUAAGGAUUGAGCUACCAAAAAAGUUAAGAGGUUGGGCAUAGUACCCUUAACCAAGCAACUAAAACACACUUUUUUAUUGAGUACUUUGCAAGAAUUCAAUGCUUAGAACUUUGUUAAAUCAUCAGAAAGAAAGAGGGGGAAUGUGACACCCAGAGGAAUCACGCAUCGCCAAUGGGAGGGAUGGGGGAGGGAGGGAGAAAAAAAAGUGAUCUUUGUUUCUAAUGAAUAAUGUUUGAAAAUGACCAAAUAAAAUAAUGUUUAAAAUUUAAAAAAAAAAGAAAGAAAGAGAGAGGGGGAAAUAUAAGACUUGCUUGCUGCCAUCAAGAAGAAUAUUCUCUAGAAAAUAUGCCUAACAUACAUGAACCAAAAAAGGACUGAAUAUAAUUAAGAUGUGAAAGACAUGGAUGUGAAAUACAAGAUGUCCAACCGCCGUAGGAGUCAAAGAAGAGGAAGACCAGCGAAAGAUAGAAUGUCUAAGGAAGUCUUCAAGGAAGAGCUGGACGGACCUUGAUUCGGAUUUUGACCAUUAAAUGUAGACUUUGGGGAAGAUAGAAGCUGGGGGGGGGGGAGUGUAAUACAUUAUGGAGGGGAGAUAGAAUAAAAUAAGCAAGGCACAGAGGGAAGGAGAAUGCCAUUCUUGACCUGAAUAGAGAGACGGUUGCAUUUAGGAAAAAUACUAGGAAAUAAAGCUGCAUAGAUUAGGUGAAAGUAAUUAUAGCAGACCUUGAAAACCAGGCAGAAGAAUUUAGCUAUGAUAAAGCAGAAAAUUAUGACAAAUUACAAAAUCAAAAAAUUACAAAUUACAAAUUAUGACAAAUUACAAAAUCACAAGACUAUCAGGCACCAAUUGACUCAAGAAAUCUUAUUUGCUGUAUGAAGCGAAUAUAUAUUCUUUACCUAGAAUAUACAGGCAUGCCAUACUGUUCAAUCUAGGUUUUGAGACUGGAAUGUUUCUGGAACUAAAAUCAUAGGCCAUAUAAAGGGGCUACACUUAAUCUCUGUGAUCCAUUCAAUCCACGUCACCUCCAAAUUUUUUUAAUUCUAAUCCAGGUCUGGGAUUGAGAGGCAAUAGGCUUAACUUCCUCAGAGGACCUUAAAGAUAGAUUCGUCCUACAUCUUCAAAAGAGGAAAUAACAAGGAUGAAAAUGAAGUAAGAAGUUAUCCUUUUAACAUUAUUUCCAGUAGCCUAUUUUUAUUUACAAAACCAGUCUUUGGUUUCAUGAAAUGCCUGUAACACACUGUCUAUCACACAGUGGGCACUUAAUAAAUGAUAGUUCAUUUACUCUGACUAUUGAAAACCUGCCCUGGUUAUUCAUUUGACAUUCCCAAGUGAAAAGGAGGAAAUUUAAUUUAGAACGAUGAGUAAAAUGACCCACUAGUAGGGACUGCUUCCCGCUCUCAUCCCUUAUUUUCUCCUGCUCCCUGGUCUUAAAACAUCAUCAUGCCUCCUGCCUUUGCUGGCUCAAGGCACCUUGGACUGUUCUUCCUCGUAAUCACUACUACUAAUAAGGACUGAAUACAAAGAGCAUGCCCAAAAGAGGGCUGGAGAUGGCACUAAUAACUACACUGUGGCAGUGGCUGCUGCAGGAUUAUAAUUGCUGUGGAGGGAUUGUAAAAUGGGUGUUGGGUUUUUAAAGAUGGAGCAAAGGAAGAGUGGGGGUGUGUCAAAUGAGAUGGAGAAAGGAAAAGAAAGACUGGAGAUCAGGGGGAUGGUGGGAUAGAGGAGGAGGAAUCUGACUGUAGAGAUAAAAAAAAAAACACCAAAGAAUAAAGAGAUGAUGAAGUAGGGAGAGAGUUAAGUCAAAUGGGCUUUUCUCUUCCUCUUCUCUCUCCAUUUCCUACCUCAAAUUUUCAAGUUGCCUUUCCCUAUAUUGGGCUUUAAAUUUAUGGGAGAAAAAUACUGAAACUUUUUAAACUGUUUUUCUGUAAGCACCUUAAUUUGCUCUGCAUAUUUUCCUUGAGUUUCAUCAGUGGGGACAACUCAGGAUUACAAUUUUUUUUUUCAAUUUUGUUUCUGACAAUCAGAGAAUUGGCUUGGGGCAUAGUUUUUAAGAGGCAUUGAUUUCUGGGAGAAAUACUUCCUUUUGUUUUGCUCAAAAUAGACAAAUAGCUUUUAAUAAAUAAUAUUUUUAGUCAUAGACAUUCUCUACAUCUAGAUACAUAUAUAAAAUAUCUGUCCACACUACUUUAAUUUCUUUGGUAUAGUGAAUUCCUAGUGUGGGAAAGCUCUUCACCAGUGGGUUUAUGUGGCCCCUUCUCUGUAAUUUAUACUCUUUGAGGGCUGUCUAGAACACUAAAAUGAAAUGACUUGUCCAUGGCCAUGCAGUUAGUAUUUGUCAGAGAAGCACUUGAAACUGGAUCUUUUUUUAUUCCAGUCCACAAGAUUACAUUGCCUUUCACACAUAAAUAUGAAAAUUAGUUGUCAAAUUAACAACUUAAUGAUGCAGUGAUACGCAACAAGUAGAUGAAAACUCAUCUGAAAAAAAAUCUUUCCUUUUCAUUUUAUCUGAAAAGGAAAAAGCAUAUAUUUGCAAACACAUGUACCUUUGAUCGACUUCAGGGUGACCACACUAAAAUCAGAGCCUCUGUGACACUCUGCGAAGUCCUGCACCCCUCAAAAACCAACAAAAAAAAGCCUUCAUAAUGACUAAUUUUAUACAUCAAAAAAAAGUAACAUACUAAUUUUCUAAGAUCAGUGCAUUAGAAUUGGAAUUUGGGUGACCUAAAAUUAUACUGAUUUCAAUAGUUUAUAGAAAGAACAUUAUAUAAUGAGCUUUUUUUGGUGUGUAUAUGACCUGAUGAAUGAUUUAUUAUGCUUUAAAUUAUGUACUCUUUAUGAUUAAUAGUAGAAACUCUUCCAUGGUUCAUUAGUCAUUGCGCAUCCUCAUACUUUAAAUACUUGUAUGAUUUAUUUUAAGGUGAAACUGGAAUAGUCUGGUCAGGAAGUGAGAAAAGAACUCUGCAUUUAAUGUGGGGCUGCACUCCAUUUUUCCUGGGAGAGUCAGGAGAAAGGUGGAGGGGGGCUCUAUUCAACUCCAGAAACUCUCAAAGAAAGUCAUUCCAAGGUGGGGUGGGCUAAUUCUUUCCUAGUACCCAUUCAAUUUAGCAAUGAGAUACAGCUGCCUACUGCUUUACAUAUAUAAAUGGAAUUUUUUUCUCUCACCUUUUUCUUACAAGGGAUUUACAUGUGUAAUAGCAUAUAUCCAAAUUAUUUUCAGUACCUUUUCUACUGAUGAAUCCUUUGGAAAAAGUGUGGUUUCUUCAUUUCUGACUCAGUCCUUAACUAGAAGUGAAAGGCUUCUGUGUUUCUAAGCUUGCAUUCUCCCCCCCCCCAAAAAAAAACCUAAUUAUUCCGAAUGUUUUUAAAGUUUUUGUUUAUAUAUGAAAGAAAAAUAUUUGGGGUUUUAUAACAGAUAUAUUUGAAAGCAGGGGUCAUAGAGCAAAAAACAAAAAGGUAAUGAUACAAAAGGAAAGGGAAUCAAAAUAUCCUCAUUUAAUUCUUGAAAUGCAUAUGUAUGCCAAUAAAAAGAAACAAAUUAUUUUGCUGCCUACCAUGUGGUUAUUGUUUGAAAAGCUAUAGCCAAUUCAAACAUUUAAAUCAACAGCAAUGUAGUUGCUCACGGCAUAAAAGACUAAAAAUAAUUCAGUCAUUUAAUCUUAAUAAGAAUGCCAUUAUAAAAUCUUUGACUUUAAUAGGGUUAUACAUAUGAAUGGCUGAUGUAAAGUGACUGUAAUUUUAAUUUACUUAAGUUGGUUAGAUCAGGGAAAGCAUUUAUGUUAUUAUAAAACUGUAGAAUUUUAUAAUUAUUGCAAUUUUUCAUUUUAAAUCACACAGUAUGUUGUUUUCUAAAUGUACAAGAAUAGAUUGCCUUAAUACAUAAUGCAAUCUUUAUAAAAUGCAUUUUUAUAAUGUGCUGAUGUUUUGUUUGUUAUAUAUUCAAUUAAAUAACAGAUUUUUUUAAAAAAUA